AUGUCGACUUCAUCCACACCAUUUUCGAAAUGGUUUAUGCUACUGAGUAUCAUGCUUUUGUCUCAUGGUGCUACGAGCCAGAGUAAUGCUAUGAAUGCUUCGAUACAGAGUGACCCUCAUUUUAUCAGAUGGUACAUGGGACCUUCAACAACCCAGGCAUUAACAGAUCCCGAGACUUGGACUAACUCUGGGAACUAUGCGCGCGGUUGCUCUAAAGGUGCUUGCGGCUAUGCCACAGAUUGUACAGGCAAUAGUAUCACCUAUGAUGAUGGUAAAACGUCUUCAUGCAAUGUAUUUCGUACCAUGACCAUCUUCCAAUCAGCACCAUACGCAAACAACGGCCGCACCCACAGUUGCCGCAUCGACCACGGCCACCCAAGCCGGUGA